AUGCCUCCCCGCGCGCCGCCCGCCUUGCUGCUGCUCCUGCUGGCCGCCGCCUCGGCCGAGCCCCGCUCCAGAAGUUGCUCCGAAGUCAAGCGGCUCUACGUGGCGAAGGGCUUCAGCCACACCGAGGCGCCCAGCCACGAGAUCAACGGUGAUCACUUGAAAGUCUGCUCGCAAGGUAACACAUGCUGCUCACAAGAAAUGGAAGAGAAAUACAGCCAGCAGAGCAAACAUGACUUCAGAAAUGCUGUUGUAGAACUUAGCAAUAAUUUGCAAGCAACCUUCAGUUCCAGAUACAAAAAGUUUGAUGAAUUCUUCAGAGAACUUCUUGAAAAUGCAGAGAAAUCCUUGAAUGAUAUGUUUGUAAGGACUUAUGGCCUCCUGUACAUGCAGAACUCAGAAGUGUUUAAGGACCUCUUUGUGGAGCUGAAGAAGUACUACACAGACGGGAAUGUCAACUUGGAGGAGAUGCUCAAUGACUUCUGGGCACGUCUCCUGGAGCGCAUGUUCCGCCUAGUCAACCCCCAGUACCAUUUCUCUGAUGAGUACCUGGAAUGCGUCAGCAAGUACACGGAGCAGCUGAAGCCAUUUGGGGACGUUCCACGGAAGCUGAAACUGCAGGUGACACGAGCAUUUGUGGCAGCUCGCACCUUUGCACAAGGCCUGGCAGCAGCGAGAGAUGUCAUUGCCAAAGUAUCAGCGGUUAACCCAACACCGCAGGGGGUACGAGCAUUGCUGAAGAUGAUGUACUGUCCCUACUGCCGCGGCUUAGUUGCCUUGAAGCCGUGCUAUAACUACUGCUUCAAUGUCAUGAGGGGCUGUCUAGCCAACCAAGGAGAACUGGACACAGAGUGGAACAAUUUCAUAGACUCCAUGCUGAUGGUGGCUGAGAGGCUGGAGGGUCCCUUCAACAUAGAGUCAGUCAUGGACCCGAUUGAUGUGAAGAUCUCCGAUGCCAUUAUGAACAUGCAAGAGAACAGCAUGCAGGUGUCUCAGAAGGUUUUCCAAGGAUGUGGGCAGCCCAAAAUGCUUGUGCAAGGUCGGGCAUCUCGCUCUAUCUCAGAAAGUAGCUUCAGUGCUCGCUUCAGGCCCUAUAACCCAGAGGAGCGACCAACAACAGCAGCUGGCACGAGCUUAGAUCGGCUGGUGACAGAUGUGAAAGAAAAACUGAAGCAAGCAAAGAAGUUCUGGUCCUCUCUUCCUGGCAACAUCUGUAAUGAUGAGAAGAUGGCCACUGGCAAUGUCAAUGAAGAAGAGUGUUGGAAUGGAAGCAACAAAAGCAGGUACAUCUUUGCGGUGACAUCAAACGGUCUAGCCAAUCAGGCAAACAACCCUGAAGUGCAAGUUGACACCUUGAAACCAGACUUAAUGAUUCGCCAGCAAAUCAUGGCUCUUCGAAUCAUGACCAGUAAAAUGAAAAAUGCUUACAAUGGGAAUGAUGUAGACUUCAUUGAUAUAAGUGACGACGCUAGUGGAGAAGGCAGUGGAAGUGGCUGUGAGUUUCAGCAGUGUUCCCCAGAAUUUGUGUUCAAUGCAACAGAAGCAACACGGGAUAACAAGAAAGCGGACAAAGAGGUGGCCGCUUCUGCCACCAGCGUGGGCCUGUCAGAAGCUGCCCUUCUGCUUAGCAUCUUCUCAUUCCUGGCUGUGCAAAGACAGUGGAGAUAACCAUUCCCCCUUUUUUUAGAAUUGGAGGGGGGUGGGGAAAAAGACUCUUAUUAAAAAAAAUAGAAAAAGGAACCUGAUUUCACUUUUAUACCAUCUAGAGACUUUGUGGGGGGGAGGGGGAAAGGAUUGUUUGUAAGUUAACUGACAGCAGUGUACAGUUUUGUUUUGUUUUUGCUAUGUUCCCACUGGCUUUUAAUAAGUUUUUCCUUCUUUCUCUCU